AUGGAAAUAUCCCCAACUCUUGCUGCAGAAAGCUUUUCCUUUAGUUGGUUGACAAACAAUAGAGCUUCUUUCAAAGAAGAAACAAAGUGUUUUUUCGAAGAGUCAUCAAGCGAUUUCAGUUUUGGCGUUUUGGCAUCGACCUCUACAACAACUGCUGAUGAGAUGUUUUCUGAGGGACGUAUUCUUCCGAAGCACUUUAUCAUCUCAAAUUCGGCUCCCGCAACACCUUCUUUGAAGGCUAUUCGUAUAUAUAAUACAGAAAAUAUUCAAUCACACAAUAUAUUUAGAGAAUGGAAAAAAUCGUCAAAACGAGUGAUGAAAAAAUUGUUUGGGUAUUUGAGAUUUAGGAAAGGUGAGAGGGACAUUGAUAGUAUCAAAUCAGCUCGUGGAAAAUCGUUGGUACAUUAUUCUUAUUCUAUGGACGUUUCAUAUGAAUUUGACAAUUCGAUUUCUGAUGCAGUUCUUCACUGUAAAAGAUCAAAUGGUGCUUGA